AGACAGGAGGUAUUGAGUACGCCUUUACGUAUCCAGUCACCUUUCUCUCUUCGUGACCGUAGCAUAUGUUUUGCGACGUGAAUGGAGCUCUCGCGGCUUUGAACGGCGCUCCAUAACAAGCUGCUCCUUGUCACUCAAAAAAAUUGAAAAAAAAAAAAUUUUUGUCCCCAUUUUCAAAAAAUAAAAAAAAAAAUUUUUUCCCCCCAUCACUACUUUGGAAUUAUAAAAAGAAGCAGAAAGUGAUUUUUUUUUUUUUUUGGGGAAAAAAAAGUGUUUUUUUUUGCCUCUUAUUAAUUUUCAAAAUAAGAAUUUACCACGUGUUUUUUUUUUAACAAGUGUCUCGCAUGAAUGAAUGCACGACGGGGGAAGGGAAAAAUUGUUGUUGUUGUUGUUUUGCGGUUUUAGAAACGAGAAGAGUAUAUUGGAAAAAGUUUUGAAAGUUUUCAAGAUUUGAAAAAAAAAGAAAAAAAAAAAAAAAACCAGAAAAGACAAGAUGACGACAAAGAUGAUGAUGAUGAUUCUCAGCAGUGUCUUGCUUGUUCUGGCAAAUGUCAUCACGCAAACCGAAUCUCAAAGGAACACACCGAGAAGUCCGCGCGCCAGUCGAAAUGAAGGUGGACUUGAAUUUGAAUGUCCAGAGGAAUUUGGCUACUAUCCACAUCCAAGAGAUUGUACGCAAUAUUAUGUUUGCGUUUUUGGUGGAGCAUUGCUCGAAUCAUGCACUGGUGGCUUAAUGUACAGCCACGAGUUGCAGACUUGCGAUUGGCCACGCAACGUAGGCUGUCCAGAACCUAAUUUGCCAAAAGAUGAUAUUGAAGAUCCCCUUCUCGAACGAGCUGCCAAGGCUGAAUCGAUACAACAACAACAACAGCAAAGGCCAACGCAACGACAACAACAAAAUUCCGUAACUGUCACGGCGCCACAAUCAUCAACAAUUCCCGAACGACAAUUUCGUCAACGACAACAUCAAAGGACAUAUCACGAUGAGGAAUAUGAGCCAGCAUCUGAAAUUGAGAGUGAUCGUCAGCAAAGAGUCUAUCGAGGUCAACCAUCAACGAUCGGUCAAGUUCAACGUGAUCGCGAUGGUCUCAGGAGAAAUAUCAUCAGUGAAAGGGAAAAGGACAGCAUUAUAAAUUCGAGGGCUCAGACUGAAAGUCACUACAGGAGCGCACCAUCUGAAUCGCCAAGAAAUGUAAAAACAACAGCUUCGACAGCGGCGCCAGUACCAGCGCCAUUUUCGAAAAGCUAUUAUAAUGAUCCUGAUCAAAGUUAUCCUUUUUAUACAAUUUACGAUGACGAUGUUUCCAUUUAUAAAGACGAUGAUUACAAUCAAUACACGGUGAACCACACGUUACCGGUUCAACAUCAAAGCGUGAGAAUAAGUGACGUGUCAUCGAACUCAAAGCAAUAUCAUCAAAAGCCGAAGAAGGUCACCGUAAACGAUGCUGACAAGUACAACUUGAAUCAAGACGUCACAGUUCAGGAUUACGACAUUUACGACAAUCAGGCUCAACUAAACAAGAAUAAAUUUAGACUCACGGACAAUCAACAAUCAAUAAGAACUAAUGUUUUAAGUCAUCCAGUUGUUCAUGUGACAACGCCAAAUUCAAUUGUCGAUUCAUACAUUUCUCUGACAACAACAACUCAACCAACACCAACGACUGUUCGUCAAUAUUCAAUAAGUGCUCCCAGCCGGGGUCGACCACAAGUUAACCGUGGUACCGCACCACCACGCUCGCGACCAACAUUAAAACCAUCGACAGAAAUUGUUUCCAAGGCACAGGAAUUUGUUGACAUCUAUAGACAUCCGGCUGUAAGACCGGCGCCAAUUUAUCCAACGCCACAAGUUGACAAACCAGCCGCCAGAUGUCGUAAAGACGUUUGUUUAAUACCUGAUUGUUCGUGUGGUGGUGCUGAUAUUCCAGGUGGCAUUGCGGUGAAUAAAACGCCACAAAUUGUACUUUUAACAUUUGACGAUGCCGUUAAUGAUUUAAAUAAACCAUUGUACGCGGAUUUAUUUGAAAAGGGACGAAAAAAUCCAAAUGGUUGUCCAAUAUCGGCAACAUUUUAUGUAUCACAUGAAUGGACCGAUUACAGUCAAGUACAAAAUCUUUAUGCCGGCGGCCACGAGAUGGCGUCUCACACAGUUUCACACAGCUUUGGAGAACAAUUUUCAGCGAGAAAAUGGGCCAGAGAAGUUGCUGGACAACGUGAAAUUUUGGCAGCCUACGGAGGUGUUAAACUUGAAGAUGUUCGAGGAAUGAGAGCACCUUUCCUUUCGGUUGGUGGCAACAAUAUGUUCAAAAUGCUUUGGGAUUUAAAUUUCACAUAUGACUCGUCAAUGCCAAUUUAUGAAAAUCGACCACCAAGUUGGCCAUAUACCUUAGAUUAUAAACUAUUCCACGAUUGUAUGAUACCACCAUGUCCAACAAGAUCAUAUCCAGGAUUAUGGGAAGUUCCCAUGGUAAUGUGGCAAGAUUUAAAUGGCGGUAGAUGUUCAAUGGGUGAUGCAUGCAGUAAUCCACCAACACCCGAUGGCGUUUAUAAAAUGUUGAUUAAAAAUUUUGAACGACACUACACGACAAACAGAGCUCCAUUUGGUCUUUUCUAUCAUGCUGCAUGGUUUACGCAAGCACAUCAUAAAGAAGGUUUUAUCUCCUUCCUGGAUACAAUUGUUGCAAUGGACGACGUAUGGGUAAUAACCAAUUGGCAAGCAUUGCAAUGGGUGAGAAAUCCAACACCCCUUGGUCUUCUCGACAAUUUCGAGCCAUUUGGCUGUAACUAUCCGGACAGGCCAAAGAAGUGCAACAACCCUAAGGUCUGCAACCUUUGGCACAAGAGUGGAGUUCGAUAUAUGAAGACAUGUCAAGCGUGUCCGGAUAUUUAUCCAUGGACGGGUAAAACAGGAAUUCGCAGCAGUCGCAUCGACAACGAGAUCGACACUCAUGAAUGAGAAAAAAAUUAAAUGAGCAUCAGAAAAUGAGAAAGAGAGAGAGAGAGAGAACGAAAAAAACGAAAAGGAGUAAGUGAAUUUAAAAAAAAAAAGAGAGAAAACGAUAGAAAUAAUGAAAUUGAGCGAAAAAGAUAGAAAUAGAAGAAGAGAGAGAGAGAGAGAAAAAAAAGAGAGAGAAUGCAUGAAUGAGUGAAAGAGAUGAAUAUUAAGACCCACCAAUAAACGGUUAUUGAAAAAUCGAAUGAACGACAUUUUAUAACACAAAAAUUUUCGCGCCAUAUGAUUUAUCGAAAUUUUCGUAUCGAUAUUUAUAAAUCGAUUCUAAAAAAUCGAUGCUUCCCCAUCGAAAUAUAUCGAUAAUUUACGAUCGAUUCUUUAAUAUCGAUAUUUAAAAAUCGAUCUAUCAAUAAUUCUAAAUCAAUUCUUUAAUAUCGAUAUAUCGAUAGUCCUAACUCGAUCAGAAAAAUAUCGAUAUUUAUAAAUCGAUAAAUCUAAAUCGUUAUAUGGAUAAUUUUAAAUUGAUUAUUUAAUAUCGAUAUGUCGAUAAUAAAAAAUCGAUUUUGAAUUAUCGAUAUUAAUGAAUCGAUAUAUCGAUAAUUUUAAAUCGAUCCUAAAAAUAUCGAUAUUUAUAAAUCGAUAAAUCGUUAUAUUGAUAAUUCUAAAUCGAUUCAUUAAUAUCGAUAAUUCUAAAUAGAUCCUAAAAAUAUCGAUAUUUAUGAAUCGAUAUAUUGAUAAGUCUAAAUCAAUUCUUUAAUAUCGAUAUAUCGAUAAUCCUAACUCGAUACGAAAAAUAUCAAUAUUUAUAAAUCGAUAAAUCUAAAUCGUUAUAUCGAUAAUUUUAAAUUGAUUAUUUAAUAUCAAUAUGUCGAUAAUAAAUAAUCGAUUUAGAAUUAUCGAUAUUUAUGAAUCGAUAUAUAGAUAAUUUUAAAUCGAUCCUAAAAAUAUCGAUAUAUCGAUAAAUCGUUAUAUUGAUAAAUCGUUAUAUUGAUAAUUCUAAAUUGAUUUAUUCAUAUCGAUAAUUCUAAAUCGAUACUAAAAAAUCGAUAUAUCGAUAAUUCUACAUCGAUAUUAAAAAUAUCGAUAUUUACAUAUCGAUCUAUCAAUAAUUCUAAAUCGAUUUUUAAAAAUCAAUACCAUAAUUUCGAUAUUAUCAAAUCGAUAUGUCGAUAAUUUUAAAUCGAUCUUAUAAUAUCGAUAAUUUUUAAAUCGAUAAAUCUUUAUCGAUACUAUAAUAUCAAUAUAUUUGCCAUUGAUUGUACAAAACAGUAUUUUUUUAAUUUUAAUUGAUUUUGAUAUAAAAAAUUAUUUUUUAAAAAAAUUUAUUAAAAAAAAUUAUUUUUAUUUAAUAAUUUUUUGUUUUUAAUUUUUUUUUUUACAUAAAUUUUGUUCAAAAAAAAAGAAUUUUUAAACAAUCGUUCAAUGUAUGACAGUGGAAAUGAUUGCAUAUUUGUCCGUUUAUUUUUGGUGGGUCUAAGGGGAGGUACACAUGCCAUUAAUCUCAUUUAUUUGUACUUAUAAUUUUUUUUUUUUUCUACACGAUUCAUAUACAGUCUCUAUUAAAAGGAAAAAAAAUCGAGAAAUUGAGAGAUUCUCUUACACAUAUAAAUAUUAUUUCGAAAUUAUUCACAUCUUUUUCAAUAUUAAUUUAUCGUUAAAUAUUUUUAAAUAUAUUAAAAAUAAAAAAAAAAAUUUCUUAAGACAAAAAAUAUUUUUAAUUUAAGGAAUUUUCUUUUGAUUUCAUUGGUAAAUUAAUUUUGAGAAAGUUUCGAGAAAAAAAGAGACAUUUUGCGAAAUAAAAAGGAGGGUAACAAAAGUAAAAAAAAAAAAAAAAAGAGUAACAAAAUAAAAAUCUUAGCUUAAUUCUAAUUGGCUCAAUGAAACAUAUCAUUUUUUGAGAUGCCCUCUCUUUGUUUUUGCCCCCAGGAAUAAUCUAAUUAUUUAUAUAGGUAAAUAUAUUUUUUUAUAAUUUUAUUUUUUUUUUGCAAAAUUUUAUUUCAACGUCAUACAAUAAUUAUUAUAUUUAAAAAAGGAGAAUCAAAAAAAAAAAAUAAAUAAAUAAAUAAAAGGGACGAAUUAAUCGAAGAAAUGAUGAGAGUCAUAAACUUCGAGACUUAAUUGUUUUCGUCGUUGUCAUCGUCGAUAGUGGAAAAAAAUCAGUUUCAAAAAAAAAAAAAAAGCCCCUUAUAAAUGCAAUUAUAAGAAACAAAAAGUCAGAAAAAUUUUUAUUUAUCGACGAAUGUGAAAAGCAGAAUAUAUUUUUAUUUCUUUUUUUAAUUUUUUAAUUAUCAUAUAAUUUUUUUUCCUCCUUAAAAAAACUGAUUUAUUUCCACCAAUAAAAUAGAAUGUAUUAGCAAUUUAAAAAUUAUUCAUAAUUAUGUAUUCGAAUUCACGAAGGAAAAAAAAAAUUAUUUUUUUUCCUGAAUUCAAAAGCCUUUUUUUGCGAAGAACUUAAAAAUAUUUAUUCACUUUUUUUGUAUUUUUUUUUUUUUUUAGUAAAAAAAGUAUAUAUAUAUAUAUAACAGAAUAAUAAUAAUUAUUAUUAUUGUAAUAAUAAAUAAUGAAAGUAUUUUUCUCGGCGAUACUUUAAAACGAGGAGCUUUAGAUCAAUUUACAUAUUAUAUAUAAAUAUAUAAAUAAAUAAAUAUUUAAAAUAUUGACAAUAAGAAACUUUAGAUGCCUUUUUUUAAGUGCCUAGCGUCGUGCGAUUGUGAUGAAUUUCGUGCACUAAACAAAUCGAUAGAUAUAAAAUGUAAAUCGAUUUUGUUCGAAGAUGAUUGCGUUUCUUCUUUAUAUGCAAAAAAAAAAGGAAAAAAAAAGAAAUCAAAAUGCGAUUAUUGUCGUCAUUUAUGCGAACAAAACGUCGUUCUUAAAUAUUUUUUUAGAAUCUAAAUUAAAAUUGACUUGUAAUAAAUAAAUAUUUCAUUAUAGUAUUUAA